AGUUAGGGCAAGGAAAGGCAAGGCAAGGCGCGAUCCAUUGUCCCUCAAUUCUCCCGCCCUCUUUUUCGGAAACCCUAACCCAACCAUAGUUAGUCCUCUUCAAUCUCCAUCGUCCCCUCGUCUUCCCCUUUUUUUACAAGCCGCAGAGAUCCGUAACCCUAACCCUCGAUCUGCCCUCCCUUCGCCUUCCCCUUUCGUCUCCCUCGAUCCCUAUCCUCGACGGUCCCCGAACGCCGCCAUGGUGGUAAACGAUCGGCCUCAGAAAAGGGCCAAGCGCCGGGUCACGGCCACCCCCUUCGACUUCCUAACCUUCCCAGGCGACGUCGGCGCGGUGGGGCUCGACGGGCCGUUUCGGGAGAACAUCCGGAUCUUCCUUUCGCUCCACGGCCGGCCCUUGGCGGCGCUGCCGAUCCUCGCGCCCUCAGCCGCCCCCUCCGUCGAUCGGCCGCAUCUGCUCACUUGGCGGGUGCCGUUCCGCGUCAGUAGCGCUGACGGCCGAGAAGGGACGCCGGCGCCAGACGUAGAGCUAUACGUCUUGGAGGAAGACGUGCUCCAAUCCAAGUCGAUAUACUGCGACCAAUGCCGAGUAGUCGGGUGGAGCGAUCACCCAGUGUGUGGGAAGAGAUACCAUUUCAUAAUCCGAAAUGACAAGAGUUCUUUGUCUGGUGCUGGUGUUGCCUGCACCCGCUGUGGGGCACUGCUGUCAUACUCUAAUUUAAGGUGUCUCUCAUGCAGUUGUGAGAUAACUUACGACAGCUAUGAAAGCUGGGCAUGCCUGCUGUUGCAGGAUUAUACGCACUUGCUGCAUGGUAUAGUGCAUGCUAAUGGAUAUGGCCAUCUUCUCAGAGUAAACGGCAGGGAAGGAGGUUCUAAAUAUUUAACAGGGUUCAAUAUUAUGAGCUUCUGGGAUCGCCUAUGCAAAAUGCUCCACGUCAGGAAGGUGAGCGUCAUGGAUAUAUCCAAGAAACAUGGGAUGGACUACCGCCUCCUCCACGCUGUCACCGUUGGUCAUCCUUGGUACGGGAAUUGGGGGUAUAAGUUUGGCACUGGCAGCUUUGCUCUGACUGCCGAGUCAUAUCAGAAGGCCGUCGACACCCUUUCCAGUCUGCAACUUUCUAUCUUCCUUUCUGGCACUAGAUUCCCCCGGACACAACUGCAGAACACUAUUAGCUUGUAUUGUAGCCUCUCGGACUGUCAACUAUUGACCAUCAGAGACCUUUUCUGCUAUCUCAUGCAGCUGCUACACUUUCCUCCUGCUGGACACAAAUCUGCAGAAGUGGCUGCAGUUGGAGCUCUUUGUGCUUGGUCGAGGGAUCAAGUGGACUUAGCUAAGGCAACUGUAAUUAAGUUUCUUCGAGCUGUUGUGGGCCCUCAAUGGGUGACUUGGCGUGCCCUUAGACGGGCCUCAUGCCAUGCCAUCAAGCCACCUGAACUGCUUGACUAUUGUCUCAAGGUUAUUGUUGGAGAACAAGUCAGUAAUGGAUCGAUAGUUGCUCGCUACAAUCUGGAUUCAAAGACAAUUGAAUACAGGCUUGAAGCAACAAAUUCCCAGUUGACUGCCACUCCUUGUCUUCCCAGACUGUCUAGAGGGCAGCUCGUCCAUGACCUUAGAUUCUUGUAUGACAGUUUGCUCAAUCCAAUUACCAUGCAGCCGUACAGGCCUAAAACCGUGAGAGAAGCUGCUCUCAAUUCUGCCUUUAAGCUUCUUGACUGCAAGCAACUUAUAAGGCACUAUGAUGAGCCUGUGUUAAACCUGUUGCCGACAAAUCCAUUUGUCAUGGCUCUAUGGUGUCAUGUUGAACUUGUUGACUAUCCAGAUGAUUACAUUGUCCUACCACCAGAACUCUUGGUGAUGCCGGUGGAAGCCACCAUUUUUGACCUAAAAAAGAUGGUUACAAAAGCAUUCCAAGAGACUUAUUUGAUAUUCCAAAGGUUUAAAGUUGAGCAACUAGUCAAUUAUGAAGAUGCUAGUGAUGUGACCCCAAUCAAGACUCUGUUCGGCUCACGUGGGAUGGUUCAGAUCAGAGGAAGAUGCGAUGGCAACAACCAAAACCUUGGGCAAUACCGAAAGGAACGAGGGUUGGACAACUGGAUUGUUGAUUGUUCUUGUGGCGCCAAGGAUGAUGAUGGAGAGAGGAUGAUGGCCUGUGAUGUCUGCGGAGUCUGGCAUCACACCAGGUGUGCUGGAAUUGACGAUUCAGAGGAUCCGCCUGCAAGAUUUGUUUGUGAAAAAUGUACAAGCAUUUGCAAACGCAGAGGCAAAGCAUCAGGGGGGCUUGAAAAUGGUAAUCCUAUUGGACGAUGCCAGGAUGAAAUAAGGUCCUCUUUUGCAAGAGCUGGUAGCUUCGAAUGCCUGACAACCGUUGGCUAAUUAACUUUGUGUUUGUAUAGUUUUGAGACGUAUGUAUGUAGAUCAUGCAAGCUGGUGUGUGAACUCUGGCCUUUUUUGUAGUAAAUUUUCAAUGCAUGCAAGUCUGUUUAAUUUUGCAUUC